AAUAUUCGAAUAUAGGGCUCAUAGAACCCAUUUUCGAGAGUUCUGUAACCUGUUCAAUUCCAUCACAAUAAUCAGAUUUUGGAUAUAAACCAGUCGUUUACUCGUCAAAUACAUCUUCGUUCGAGCGCUUUUGAUUGCAAGAUCAACUGCACUAUUGAAGGCGAAUUUGCACCAAACUACCCAGGAGUAAGCACGGAAGUUUCUGUAUCUGCCCGCAAGUUAGCCAAUGAAGUUCCUAGAAUACACCCCGUUUGAUAGGUUGAAUGAUUUCUUGAGCCAUUUGAAUCUUGGAGAACGUACUAUCAAGGGAUGCCUAGAAGCUUAUUCUUGUAAACAUACAGGAAUAGACAAGAAACUAUCUUUAAGCUUGGAGAAUGAGAUUCUUGACUAUCUUGGGAAAUCAUCUGAUGCAGACUCUUCUUCACCAGAUGAAUUUUUAUUGAGCAGAUCAAGCCGAAAAACUCUGAUAUACUUGGUUCUCACCCUCAAUCAUGUGUACCCGGAUUAUGACUUCAGUGCAAUGCAAGCACACCAGUUCUUUACAGAGGAAAGCUGGGACAGUUUCAAACAGAUCUUUGAUGCGUACAUGUUAGAAGCAUCUAAGGAAUGGGUUGAGAAUAAUGAGGGUGGUUCCUUACUUGAUAUGACAUAUAAGGCUCUUGAUGAGGUUGUAAAACUAGCAGAAUGUGAAAUUUACAGUUACAACCCGAAUUCUGAUGCGGAUCCGUCCAUAGAGAGGGGGGCAACAUGGUCCUUCAAUUUCUUCUUUUAUAAUCGAAAGUUAAAGCGUGUCGUUAGCUUCCGCUUCUGGUGUUUAAGCUUUGGUGUGGCAGUAAUUUGAUGGCUGAGGGAUUCCAUUUGGACGGGAGAGCCUACGAGGAAGAUGAAGAUAUCUUUGAUAACAUGGAUAUCUAAGAAGACAUACUCCUGUAAGGUAUCUGUGCAUAAAUGAAGACUUGUGUGCAUGCAUGCAUCGCUAAUUCUCGAGACCUUACUACUGAAUCCAUAUGGUUUCGGUGUUGGCUCAACCCUUUCGCUUGAUCUGUGUUUGUAUGGUGGGAUGACGUUUAUUCUCGUAUAUAGGAAUAAAUUGUACAAUCCGUCCCCGACCCCUAGAUGUAACGUAACGAUAGAGAAUCGACGAGGAUUAUGAGCUGUUGUGAUAUAUUAUGUAUGCAAAUAUAUUGAAGAGACUUAUCUCUGAGGUAAUAUGAUGCAGAAUGUUCAGUUUUUUG